GUCGCAUGGACUCAAAACAUGUUGUUCUCUGUUUGAAGAAAGUGACACAGUUUUACAGCAGUUCCUUCUACGACAAUGAGCCCAAGAAUCGCACACUGAUUUUUAGAAUCACAAGAUGCCUGGUAGAGGAAGGGGUAGGCAGGUCAUAACAUCGAAAGAGUACACGGGGCCACUUCGAAGACCAGGUGAAAAGCCAGCGACAACCUCUACAUCGCAAGAUGGCGGGAAAUACUCUUCUUCCGCUCCGAGCGAAAGUGAAAAGGGUGAGAGAGUGCUUUAUUAUUUUCCCAGUUAAAUUUAGAGAUAUGAUUAAACAACAUAUAUAAGCAAAUCCUUUAUGGCACAAGGUUAAAGGCUUCUAUUCACUGCCUCAAUCUCGAUCUUCUUAUUAUACAAUUCGGAUCUUUCAUCUUCCUUGACUUAUUAAUAAUUUUGUAUGCCAUUUGAAGUGUAGUGACCGUUUUCUCGUUAGGAUCUUAUACAUGUUCAAAUUUGAAUUUUAUCCAGAUCAAACGGUUGCAGAAUAUAAGCUUAAGCUUAUAAUUAUACAAAUGAGAUUAAGUCAACAGGUGAUAUUAAACUUUGCUUUUGUUUCUUAAAGUAAAGAAAUAGUUUUAACGAGAGUGUAACAUGGUAUGAUGCAGUGCUGUGUGUGACUACUUGCGUUCAUACAGUUAGGAACUUCAGAAUGCCUGGCCACUUUUCUAAAUGCUGCACGAGGCAUAUACAAUAGUUUCUUUUGUCAUUCAAGGAGAUGUAAACAUUAAGUGGCUGGGUAUUCUGAAGUUUAGCCUAUGUAUUAUGAAAGAACCAUACUCUGCAAGUUUCUUUGACGUUCUGCCAGAACUUUUUGUACCGUUAUUUGAAAUAGUUAAUGAUCCACCUUUGGAGGAACCAGCCCAUGAUAAACAAGCUGAAGAUACUGGGACAAGCCAAGAUUCAGAGGAAAAACUAUUGAAAGCCAGUGAGCAAAAGGAGUCAGAGGAGAGUGAUGUCUCACCUCAAAAGACAGAAGUUGUUAAUACUGCUUUGUCGAAAGUCAAGGAGGAAAGUAUUGUAAACACUUCUACAAAAAUUGAGAAGAACGAUGAAAAGGCUGCAGAACCAGCUGAAGUGAAAAGUGGUGUUUUAAAAACAACAACUGGACAACAAGCAGAUAAGAUAACUAAGUUAUCACCACUUGCGGCAGAGUUUAUUCCAAAAACUGGUUACAAUCUACAGUCUCUAGUAGAAGCACCAGAAUUUGUUCCAAAGUCAUUCUCUCAACAAGGCCGGAGACCUCCAAUGCUCCGACAGCUGAGCGAUAAACCUGAGAAUGAGUUGAUGAACUGUGUGAAAGAUGUGUUGUUUGGUUUAACGCAAACUCCUGGCGAAUUGGAUUCUUAUGUGGAGACUUUGGUGAAGAUGUUGCAAAAGUGGCUGAGUUCUCUUGAUUCCUUGCAGGAAAUUGUGGAUCUCAUCUUUGAUUAUGUAGGUAUAACUUUAACAGUGGUUCCACUGAGUAUUUUAUUUUACUGGCAGUGCUAACCCUUUUAAACCAAAAAUCUGCAUUUAUUCGUAUUUUUUGCACUGUACUCCAUAUUGAUCCCCCCUCCCCCACUUCUCCUGGCCUGCCCGUCACAAUUCAAAUAAUGGCAAGCAUUGUUGAAUUAAUUUCACUAGCUGUGGAAACCAUUUGUCUCCAAGUUAACUGUGACUGUUUCUUUUCUUAGUCAAUAACAGAACCUAAUUUCCAGUACAUGGCAGCCAAACUGUGUAACUUAUUAUCAAAAAAGGACAAGAACAUUGUAACUAAAAAUGGUGAAAAUUUUCGCAGUGUGUUUCUCAACAGGUACUAAAGUGCAUGUAGUAAUAGUUCUGGAUGCUUUAUUUUUAGGGCUUCCAUUUAGAGAACCAUAGUAAAGACAGAUUUAAGACAACUAGCCAUACUUAUCUCAGCUCUGUUUUCAGUCAUGAACAUGCUUUCAAAUGGACCUUGUUCAUUAAUGUCAGCUAAAAAUGUAUUUUUAGCUAAGCAGAAAGUUAAUACCAGCUCCAGGAAGAUCUCCUUUUGGUGAUCCAUCCUGGAGGUAAUCUGGCAGGCAUUCAUCAUGCCCUUGGUCAAAGCACUGUCUGUUGAUUUUCCAGCCUAGUUUGUCCUUUUACUCACUUCAGGUAGCUUCUUUCAACUUUUCAAGAUUUCUUGUCAUUUUGUUUUUCCAGAUGCAAAGAUGAACAUAUAAAGCGAGAGGCAACCCUGCAAAAUACAGCUACUAAAGCACUUCUUCUUGGCUUUGCAAUGUUUGAGGCUGAGCUCUUUUGCAACUACAGAGUAAGUUUUUUUUUCUUUUUUUCACUUUUAUGCAUUUUAAUACAAAAAUAAGUUAACAACUAAGAGUGGCUUUAGUGCUAGUCGUCUGCAGUCAGGCGGUAUGUGUAUGCCCAGUGGUUCACUACAUCUGUCACGUGAUUGGAUGGCAUGUGGAGUUUCCUUUGUACAGUGUUUUUUUACGGAGGUUUUCCCCACCGUCUUCUUUCCCUGUUCUCUCUCCAUUGAUAAUUUUUUUUUUCAGUGUGAUGGGUAAAUUUUGAAUGUAUGUAUAGCCCUUAGGUGAGAGUCACCCAUUAAAAGUGUUUCACAGAGGGCUGAUAGAAAUGCUGAACACCCUUCUACAAAACCAUUCAGAGGAUUGCCUGAAAUGUAUUGGAAAGAUGUUAAAGGUAAAGAAGUUGUUUGAUUAAAACUAGUUUGCACUUUGAUGAUAUUGGUAAGUCCGCGAUUGACUUGUUGGGAUCAAAUCAAAGUGUUCACUGGUUUUUUACUUACCUAAGUGUCUCAAAGUUUCUUGGGCUUUGAAAUUUUGUACUAUUCCUCAGUCACUCUGGUAGCUGGAGAAAAUAGCCAACAUUUUGUGACGCCAUCACUGCUCUCCUUGCUCAAUGAUGUGUAGAGAAACAGGUGCAGAAAUUCCAUACUGAUGAUGCGUCACUACCCAGAUCUGGAUAGUGCUUCUGAUUGGUUGAAGCAAAUGUAUCUCAUGGCGGUCAACCAAUUAGAAGCACUUCCCAGAUCUGGGUACUGACACAUCAUCAGUAUGAAAUUUCUAAGAUUGUUUCUCAGAUGUCAUUUUGUAGAGCCUGAGCCAUAAUUAUUAUGGCUCAGGCUAUCACUCUGGAGAAUUUCUAGUGAACACUUUUCUUUAAGCUACAAUGAUGCAUUUUUAAUAAUUUGUCCCUAUCUUUGGAAUGCAUGUAAGUUGCUAUUUGAAACAGGUUGUGAUAUUUUAUUCUCUUGUUAAUAGUAACAUUUUCUGCACAUUUUUUAGAUGACAGGCUUUCUUCUGGAUGAUCCUCAAUUUUUGCAAAUUGAGAAAGACCGCAAAGAAAAAGUUGAUAAAGUUUUCAACGAUGUCAACAACCUGUUAAAAGACUCUAGUCUGUCAGAAAGGUAAUCAUACUCCUUGUACAGUUUGACAUCAGUAUUCCAGUCUUUAAGUAUGAAUUUUUUUUAGUGUGUUGGGGCAGGGAAGAUUUGGGGACGGGGAAGUGGGGAAAAAGUUGCAAAGCCAUGAUUGUUUGAUUAUCUAAGGAAAAGUGUUAAUUUUAUGGUGUGUAUGAAACCAUUGGAUAUCAAGAGGGUCUUAAAGUCAUCACUCAGUGCCUUUAGCCAUUAUUAAACAAAAUGCUCUUCUUAAGUAAUGAAGAAGAUACAUGUAUCAAACAAAUUUCAUCGGCGACCACUAACCAUAAUUUUUGUUUUGCUAAUUUUUGUUGGCAUAGCAUUAAAACUUGAAAACCUUGGCCCAACUGUUUCAAGUUUCAAUCCAUGUUCAUCCUUGCCAUGUGUUGUGAUAGAAAACAGUUUCAAUGCCUACCAUAUAGUCUUAAGAAACUAAAUUGGACCAGUAUUUUUGGAAUUCAAUUGAGCUUUUAAAAAGAUAGCAAAUAGCUUGGCAUAGCCUCUUUAAGUUGUAUGGCUGGUAAAUAUAUAUUUUUUUCUGGUGUCUUGGCAGUGUCACAGAAUUAUUGUCAAAAGUGAUAGAACUAAGAGCUUCCAACUGGGGGAGCGGGACAAGUGAGGGAGCUGUUGGAAAUUACCCUGUUUAUCCUUCAGAUGAUGGAUAUUACUAUUCUGAUUAUCCCCUGGGCAUGGUAAGUUCUUUAUAACAGAUUUGUCACAAGUUACCUUUAAAAAGUGGGGUAUUUUUUGUGUUGCAGUUUUGUUUUACGUUUAUUCUGUUCUUUGUCAAUGGUAAUUUCUGAUUAUAAGUCAGGAUAAAAGUAAAAAAAUAAUUAGACCAAAGGAAAAAAAAAGUUAGAUAUGAAAAUUAUUGCCAUUUGUCAUGCAAAUGACACUAAUAUUCAAAUGAAAGAUUUUCCAGUGGACCUCAUUUUGAAUUGGUGGGUUUUGGAAACUCGGAAAUAGCCUGUUUAAUUAUAGCCUGUCCAUAGUUGUUUUUAACGAAUCUCAUGCCUUUGUGCAAGCGGUCAAUAGCCUCCCUCCCCAGACUUAAUUUCCCCCACCUCUGCGGUUUUUAUUUUCAUACGCACACUUGACGAUCUCUGAAGAGAGCUAGAGGGCCUGCGUGAAAGGACUAGUUAAGUUACUGCCUUUUGAUGUUUUAGGAUGAAUUAAGCUUACAAGACGACUUGACUCCUGUGACAAACCCAGGUGAGAAAGAUUUGAAAAGAACAUAUGUUAAUUUCAAAGUGUAUCAGCUUGGUACCAACCGAAUGACCUUAUUACAGACAAUUCAUGGCAUUAAUCAGUCCACUGACUUGCGAACCCCAGUCUUUCAUGGACAGUUUUUUCAUUGAAGAUGCAUUAUGUGUCCUUGAUUGAGCCCGAUUACAUUUUCUGUUUCCUUCAGCAAAAAUGGUGACUCCGAGCAGGAAAUAUAUCCUUCCAUGAAAAAGAGAAAAACUGCUACUGCGCCGCCAUGCAUUGAAUAAUUUUUAGAAGUAUGGUGUGUCGUUUAGCAUGAAGACCCCUCAAGUAAACAGGAUGGGCUUUCCAGUUAUGUGUGAAAGUCAUAUCAGCGCGAUAUCAUGCUGUAUUACCUAGACACGCCUUAAAGGGGACCUUUUUCAGAGGCAUCCUGUUAAUAUAGGUUUGUUCUCCUAUGCAGAUCAAUGGAGCGACUAUUAUGAUGAUGUAGAUGAACCAUCUCUGAUGCAGGAGACAUAUAAGUACUACUUUCCAGACCAGUAUAAUGAUGAUGAUGAAUACUACGUGUAAGUGGUACAAAUUCUUGUCCUAUGUGAAAUGUUGGCUAAUUUUUUAGUACCAGCUUCAUCGGUAUAGCGUGUUUUAUAGCCCUUAUUUGUGUUCAAAGACUCCGACCAGUGCUCAGAAAUUCGUUAAUUCGAAUCUCCAUUGUGCACAUCGACCUUUUUACACCUCUGGGAGGCUGAGGCGAGAAAAUGAAAAGUGUGGGGGACAUUGGAUGCUUGCAACUCCGUGAUAAAAUCUUGCAUCUUUCUUCUUAUUAGUAAACUCAAUUUAUGCAAAUGUCUGAAUCUUGCCACUAUUGAGUUAUUUCCGUGUCACCCUAUGUAAGUUAAUUCAAGACGGUCGUGGAUUCGGGAUCAAAGGUAUUGGAUUCCUAGUCAUUGAAACUUAGAUUCCGAAUUCCGAUCACUGGUGAGACGCGGAUUUCUGGAGCUGGAUUACAGAUUCAAAACUUCAGGAUUCUGGAUUCCACGAUAAAAAAUUUCAGGAUUCCAGAUAAUUCCGUAAGAUUUUCCAGCCUGUACAGACCCCCUACUCCUCAGGAAAAAUCGGAGAAGGUUCUCCUGAGGGAAGGUGGGGAGGUGGGGGUCUGUGCACAGGCUAAGAUUUCCCGGAUUCUGGAAACCGGAAUACUUUACAUGAGAUGAUCCGUAAAAUUUUGAUUGAUUGAGGACUUUGCUUAUUUCCUUUCUGUUUUCAGUCCAAAUGAGGAUGAUAGCGGAUAUUAUGUUGAAGAGGAUCCUGAAUUUGAUGAUGAAAUACAUGAAGAAUUCGAAAAGUUUUUACAAGAACAAGAAGGCUUAUUCAACUGAAAUUGUGAGAGCAUCACCGUCGACAUUCCAAGUACUAACUCACAGUAAUGUUGCGGUAAUUAAGGAGCGAAGCACGUGCUUUUCUACCCGAAGAAUGACGGACUUAAGUCUCAGACUAGGUUUGCUGUGUUUUGUUGCGAGCCCUGUUGCACCCAGAGUAGAUCAGUUAUAUAUGAGAUGUGUAAUAUAAUUUAAACUUUUGAUUCGACGGACGAAAUCCUUAGGUGUGACCAAAAUUGCUCUUUCAUUGCUUUCAGGCGUGUUGUUUAUAGUUCUAAGUAUUGAGACUGUGGUUGAAAUCCUCAGGUAGUUUAAGGUAUGAACAUUUAAAUGGCGUCUCUUCAGAAGCACUUUCACUUGGUACUUUUUGUUUUGCUUCUUUUUUUCAAUAUUUUACAACAUGAAACUCUAAUUUUUCUUGAAUUUUGAAUGAUAGUCUUAUAAGAUUGCCGUAUUUGGCGCUAAACUAGAUGUAUUAAGACAACGACGAUGUCAAAUCUAGGCUUAUUACUGGUGUGUGAGUAAAGACGGAGAUUAAAGUGUACCAGCUCAGUUUUCGACUUCAUGAAAAUAAAAUUUUUCUUUGACACUU